AUCCUCAAUUAGUUUGAUAGUUAAUUAAUAAUGGGGUGCAAAUUGGCAGCUGAGAAGCCAAAGCAAAAGCACAAGAAGGGAUUAUGGUCCCCUGAUGAAGAUGAUAGGCUCAAAAAUUACAUCAUUAAGCAUGGUCAUGGCUGUUGGAGCUCUGUUCCCAUUAAUGCUGGCUUGCAAAGAAAUGGAAAGAGUUGUAGAUUAAGGUGGAUUAAUUACUUAAGGCCAGGCUUAAAAAGAGGGGCAUUUAGCUUAGAAGAGGAAAACACAAUCUUGACUCUUCAUGCCAUGUUUGGCAACAAGUGGUCUCAGAUUGCACAACACUUGCCUGGAAGAACAGAUAACGAGAUAAAGAAUCACUGGCACUCGUAUUUAAAGAAAAGAGUGUCCAAAAUGGCAGAAAAUGAAGGGCACACUAAGUCUGGGAAAACAGAUUCUUCACCUUCUUUAAAGAAAUUGACUCCACAGAAUUCAAGUUUGGAUUCAUUUGAACAUAUAGAAGGAUCAUUAGCAGAUUCAGAUCAAUCUGUUUAUCCAAGAGAGACUCAAAAGAGUAACUUACCUAAAGUAUUAUUCGCGGAAUGGCUUUCGUUGGAUCAAUUUAAUGGACAAGAUUUUCAAAACUCAGGGAGUUUUGAACCUUCCAAGAGUAACUUUGGGUAUAAUAAUGCAGAGUUACAUGACAUAUUCAUGCAUAGUUUACCGAUGAACAACGAUGGUAGUAGCUAUGGGAAUGGCGUAAAUCAAGAGGUUCACAAUGAUAUUUUCUCACCACAACUCAAGUUUGAGGAUACCAUUUCUGGUAACGGAUUUGAGGAAUUUAUGUCAGGGGAAUUCAACAUUAACGACGAUGUGAUGUUCUUAUGA